GUCAAAGCGCGGGCCGGGCCCUCCUUCCAAGAACGCGUGGACGCGGCGCUGAAGGGCAUCAACGCGAAGACUCAUGCACUUGAGUCGGAGCAGCGCAAAGCGCUGCAGGCGGCGGUGGAAAAAGGGCGCUCGCGACCGACCUCCGCGCCCGUGCGCCCGAACAGGCUCUCCCCGAACCAGCAGGCGAUGCUCCAGGACCGAAUCAAGAAGAUGAAGGAGCAAGACGAGGCCUACAAGAAGCAGAUGGCGGACAUGCGGAAGAAGAUGAACGAGCGCGAGCCGCUUUUCCGCUUGUCCGACGUCCAGGCCGGCUUCGAGAUGCUGAGGCUGCAGCAGGAAGAGCGCCGUCGUGAACUCCAGCAGGAGGAGCACGAGCGAUGGGCACAUCUCCGAAACGUGGAGGAGAGCGCUUUCCAGCGGCCUCUGCUGAUCGAAGACUUCAACUACCGGCCUCCGCGUGCGGAGUCGGCUCCGACCUUGCGGCUUCAGCCGGACCCGGAGAGCGAG